AUGAACUCCUCAAAACGGGGUCGACUGGUGUGCAUUAAAGUUCGAAUGCUCGAUGAUACGGUAGCGGUGUUUCAUCUUGGUCACAAAGCAGUUGGUCAAACACUGUUAGAUGAAGUUUGUCGGCAUCUGAAUCUAUUAGAAUGUGACUAUUUUGGGUUGUCUUUUAUCGAUAUGAAUGGGAAUCAUUGUUGGUUAGAUCGUGAGAAAACAAUUUUACGGCAAAUCACAAACGGGUCGACAGACGCAAAAUUUUAUUUCGUCGUCAAAUUUUACACGCCGAAUCCGAUCGACUUGGAGGAGGAAUACACCAGGUAUCUGUUCACUAUGCAAAUAAAACGGGAUCUUGCUCUUGGCGAGUUGCAUUGCAGUGAUAACACUGCUUCUCUGUUAUCAGCCUAUCUUGUCCAGUCCGAAUGUGGGGAUUUCUCAUCAGAAGACUAUCCUGAUGCCACUUACUUGUCACACACAAGAUUUGUGCCCAAUCAAACUUUGGAAUUUCAAAAGAAAGUGAUGGACAAUCACCGCAAUUUUAUUGGUAUGACUCCGGGUGAAAGUGAUUUGGCAAUGCUGGAAGUGGCAAGGAGAUGUGAUUUCUACGGUGUCAAACUGCAUGCAGCAAAAGAUAUUGAUGGAAAUGACGCUGCUCUUUCUGUGAUGCAUCUAGGGAUCAAAGUGUUUCGACAAUUACAGUUAGACACAACGUUCUCUUGGGCACGGAUCAGAAAACUGAGUUUCAAACGGAGGAAAUUACUUGUGAAGUUGCAUCCAGAUAGUUAUCAAUACCUCAAAGAAACAGUCGAAUUCUCUUUUGACACCAGAGAUGAGUGCAAGAACUUCUGGAAGAAAUGUGUGGAACAUCAUGCAUUUUUUCGAUGUGUUCAGGCAGAAGAACCAAAGAAGGAGACAAGAUUCUUCAUAAGUAAAGGAUCUUCUUUCCGUUAUCAUGGACGAACACAGAAACAACUAAUUGACUAUGUCAGAGAACAUCACAAACGGAGAGAACCUUUCACCAGACCUCUUCGAUCUGCUGCAUCAACACGAAAAGGAACGUAUUCAUCUACAUACGGCUUGGUCUCCGACAGGCCUACAAAACAUCGGAAUGGAUCCGUCUACGAGCCAAAUCAAACUGACCCCUACAGCAGCAAACAUCAGAACACUCACUCAUCCAUGCCUCAUAUUGCUCAUAUCUCCUCACAACCAGCUGAUCAUUCGUUCUCAGGUACAUUAGAUGCUCGUGUCGGUACAUCAGUGACACGUGACCCUUCUUCCACAAUUACCCAACACCGCCUUCGUCAAUUAAAGCGCAGUGAACGAUGUAUUUCUGAUGUUGAUACGGUUGAAAGACCGCAACGUUCUUGUAGACCUGUUUCUAAUGCUAUUAAUGUUUCUUCUGUCACAAACUCUAAAGAGCAGCCAGAUUUGUCUAUUUCUCUUCCUAAUGUUCUUAGUGAUGAUCUACAAAUGGUUUGUAAAGAAAUCGAGAUGGAGCAGAACGACCCGCCCAAGUCAGUAUCUGGUGACAAUUUCCAACAGAGAAGAUCUAGUCGUGAUUACGAUAAUGUUAGUGAAGACUCUUAUCGACUUUCUGAUCACGAAAGAAGUACCCGAUCAGAAGUGGGAGUUAGUUCCAAAUAUGCCGCUGCAACAAUCUUCAAUUCAACAUUUGUCGCGAGAAAACCAGGGAGCAAUGUCGUGAAAAGAGUAGUUGCUCAUAGCAAAAGCACUCCAAAUUCUACUGAUGACGAGGAAGGUGCCCUCAAAUCAGCAUCCGAAUAUCAAACCUUCCGUCAUAUCAAAGAAUAUCCGUUUGCUAGAAAUGCAAAUAUUGUGCCGAUUGAGAUUGAUGGUCCCAAUGUCGAUUUGUCGUCUAGAAGAUCUCCAUCCGCCACAACAACCACAACCAGAACCGCACCGAACAUUACUACUACUGUUACAACAACUUCAAAGGUUUUGACAAGUUCUGGAGCUAUUCUGAUGAAACCAAAAGUUAUAUCCAACGAUCAUCAAGAGACAUCAUCUGGAACUCAUUCAUCCAGAGUCUCACCCGAGUCAGGUACUUAUGGAGCUCUCGGUCCAUUACCUGGACGUGUUAUAACCAAAGACAAUAUGAUGAUUACACCCGAAGGAUUCAAAGAAAAGAAACCGAAACCAAAUCCACCUCCAAAACCGUCAUUCUCUAUUCAGGCUGUUCAUGCAGAGACAGAAAUUGUACGAGAAGUGAAAACAGAACGAGCACAAAGUCAUCCACUCGUUCAUAUGCAAGAGGAAAUUCCAUUUUCUCGAGCUCCACUAAAAUUCGAAGAACAGAAAGAACGAAAGUCCUCCCUCUCUCGUCCUGCAUUGAUUUCUGUUCAGAGUGAAGAUAAUCCAGACGUGCAGAAGUGUCACCUUUUCAAUAGUGACAUACCUUAUACAUUGACAAUGAGAAAUGUGGAGAGUACUCAAUCUCUGCCAUAUUCGACAUUCAAAAAUGUGGCUGAUGCAAAAAAACAAGCAUACGAGUCAAAUUCGUUAAAGAGAGUUUCAAAAAGUCCUGAAUUCAAACGACGAAAAUCAUUGGAUCUUGUUCCAAGGAAACGAUUACCGUCCCCCGGUAACUUCUCAGCACAGGAUCAUACUAUUUCACCAACAACUCCUGACAGCGAUGUGUUAGAGUAUCUUCUGCGACGACGUAGCCUACUUGGAGACAAAUCAGUGAUAAAAACAAAAUCCAAAAGAACAGAUCCACGACGUCAAACUCAACCAGUUCGUUUCGACCUCCCACCUUCUCCAUGUUCUCCAACUGCUGGUGGGUCUACACCAUUUAUCUCAAUUCUCAAUGACGAUUUAUUUGAUGAAUGUGUUUCUGAAUCAAGAAGUCUUCAUGAAGAUAUGGAUCGACUCGAUAAAACAACUCCACAUAAUCAAUCAAUAUCCUCAUUCAUGUCUCAAAAAUCAAGAAGAGACUCUGAAGACAGUGAUGUAAUGCCUCCUCCACCAGAUGAAAUUCUAAAUCGAGCAUUGAUAUCAUCCAGCAGACCAGGCCCUCCACCUCCACCUCCGAAGUCUCUUGCUGCUGCCGUCAAAGUUGCCGAGAUGAAAGCUGCUGCUGCAGGAAAAAUGCAUUUCAGUGGGAACUCAAAGUCUUGCCAUACAACGGAUUCACCUCCAUUCAUUGAUGACUCCCCGAAGAACAGUAGUGCUUCGGAUGCUCCUUCAGUGCCUUCUCCUCAAAAGGAUCAUGUCCAUGAACCUUUAUACCAAACGGUCAACAAAAAGAGAGAUGUCAUCAUCGGUAUCAACUCUACAUUCUCAUCAGAGACAAUAUGCACAUCAGAGCCUAUUAUGAAAUCAAACAAAAAACCACGGAAACGAAUGUCUCGCAGUACUAACGACACAACAGAACUGACAAGAUUCGACUCCAGUGACAGUGGAGGAGUGUCAAUCGGCGACCCAACUGCCGGAUCCAGUGACUCUUUAAGAUUGAUGAAAAGAGACCACUCGUCUGAAUACCAGCUGAGACAUGAUUAUGCGGUGGUCAUGAAAACAUCUCAGAGCACUGCUAGUGUUGGUACUCCCUCUAAAGAAAUUGAGAUGAGCUUGGAGAAUGACAUUGAUAAUUAUGCUCCAAGUUGUAGCAGCGAGUACUAUAUUACAAGAAAGGAUUUUGGAAAACCAGAACCUCAGUUGGCCAAUGUGUUAAAAGAAUUUUAUUGGAAAGAAUCUUUUUUUUACAAAAUCAAAGAACACGUGGCGGACUGUCGGUUUCUGAAAGAACUGUUUGGAUCAUUGAAAGAACUUCCACCAAUUCAUCAACCAUUUGUAAAUGCACUGAAAGAAUCUAUGAACGAACCCGAUGACUCAAAAGCCUCAAUGGUUGCUCCAGUUCUACUAGCUACUGUCCACAAUCUGACACCCCUCUAUCAAUCUCUUGUACAAAAUUUUCCUAUAUACAUCUCUGCUCUUGACCAGCUAUAUAGGUCGAAAAUAGCAUUUCGAACUAUCAUGUCGAAAUUCGAGUCAUCUAAAGAAUGUUAUACUCAAGUCAACUGGCUGUUAUUGAAAAUUCUAAACCGACUUAUCAACUGGCAACCAGUUCUAGCGAGAGUCAUUGAGAUUCAGUUAUCAGAGUGUGGAAACGACACAGAAACCACUGCGUUUGGUGUGGCAAUGGACAAAAUAAUCGAGUUUGCAAAGAAAACCAAAGCAACAAGGCAGUCAUUAGAAGAGUAUAUACAUGUGUUACAAGUAGAAAGAGAUACUGGGCUAGUUGGUAUAUUAACUCAUCCAAAUAGAAAGAUUUUGCGGGUUGGAUUUGUGCUCCGAUCAGCCAGACGAGCACCAUGCUGUAGGAUAAUGGUUUUGUGCUCGGAUCGGAUACUGUUUGGACAUCGAGGACCCAAUUUAGAUGGCAACUUUUUCACAGUUCAUGCGGAGUUCAAGUUGAAAGGAAUGAUGAUCGAUGAAGGUGACACCUAUAAAGUAAUGGACGGUGAAAAAGAUGUCAUCACUCUCCACAAUGCUGACAUAUCAAUUGUCUUUGCUGCUCCAGAUCGUGCAUCUUGGAUCGAAGAUAUUACUGAAGCUAUCAAAAACGCAGCUCGUGCAAAAAUAGACCUGCCUAGUUUAGUUAUGGAGAAGAAAGAAGAAAAUGAUAUAGACAUGACCAAGGUAUUGCUGCCCGAAGAAUCACCGGUGUCAAAAAUGAGUCCUCUUCAAAUUUGUUGGUAUCGAAAAUGCUCAUUUGGAAGGAAGGAUGUGAAUAAAAUGAUAACCAAUACAAUGUGCGGUUACUUGAAACGAAAACUUCGGAAUUCGUCAGGGUGGCAAGACUUAUGGGUAGUGAUGUGCUGUCAUACUCUAUAUUUUUAUAGGAAUCACAAUGAAAGAGAACCACUUGCUCAUUUAUCUCUUAUGGACUACGGUGUCGGACUUCCUACUGUAGCUGAUAACAUCGACAAUCAUGAAAACUGUUUCAAAUUGUUCUAUGGUUCCCACACCUACUUUUUCCGCACAGGAUCCUAUUAUUUCUUCGAAAGAUGGGUCGAUUCGAUCUUCCAAGCGGCGAUUUCCCGUGACUCUCUUGAUGUCGUCACCGCCCUUGCUCUUCGCAUCUGA